AUCGAAUAUACACACAGUACUACUUGAGUUAUAUAAUACAGUAUUACUUUUAAACUUCUUUGGAAUUUCUAAUGAAUCGAAUAAAUGAAUUAAUUCCUUACUUAACUAAUGGUUUAAUUGAAUAUGAAACACAAAAAGUGGUUCAAAUUCAUUCAAAGAAAAUUGGCAUAACAUUUAGACUGAUUCAACUGGGAAUUAUCCUUUAUGUUAUACUAUGGGUUAUGCUGUAUGAAAAAGGCUAUCAAUCAUUUGAUCAAGCAGUGAGUGGAGUAACUGCUAAACUAAAAGGUGUAGCAUUCGCCAAUGUGACAAGUAAUCCUGAAAUUGGCGCUAGAGUCUGGGAUGCAGGAGAUUAUGUGAUACCACCACAACAGAAUUCUGCUUUCUUUGUCAUGACAAAUGUUGUUUAUACAACAGGACAAACGCUGGGUAUCUGUGAGGAAUCACAUGAUGUACUUGGCAACAGUUGUCAGAAUGAUACACAUUGUCAUGCUGGACAGUUAGUUUUACGUGGUAGUGGAAUACAAACUGGCCGGUGUGUCAAUUCUACAAGACAAGCCAAUCUGAGUGUAUGUGAAAUUUAUGGAUGGUGUCCUACAGAGUAUGAUAUCACCCCAAGACCGCAUUUAUUAGGUUCAGCUGAAAAUUUCACAGUCAUGAUUAAAAACAACAUUGAAUUUCCACGUUUUCGAGUGAAGCGUAGAAAUAUCUUAAGUUGGAUGAGUCGUUUAUUCCUGAAAACUUGUCUAUAUGAUCCAAAUGAUGAGAAACUUAAAUAUUGUCCUAUAUUUCGACUUGGUGAUAUAUUAAAGUAUUCUGGUUCAACUGACAAGGAUAUCUGGGAGACUGGUGGAAUGGUAUCUAUUCACAUUGAAUGGAAUUGUGAUUUAGAUUUCGGUGAGGAGAACUGUUUACCGAAAUACAUAUUUCGUCAAUUUGAUGAUUUUAAAUUGAAUGUAGCUAAAGGCUGGAAUUUUCGUUUCAGUAAUCACUACAUUGAUAGUGGUAUGCGUAAACGUAAUAUGGUUAAAGCCUAUGGAAUACAAUUUUUUAUCACAGUCUAUGGAAGUGGUGGCAAAUUUGAUGUAUUAACAUUUUCAAUGAAUUUAGGCUCUGGUCUGGCCUUACUUGGCAUAGCUACUAUGCUGUGUGAUUUAAUUGUGCUAAAUAUGACAAGUAAAAGAGGCGUGUAUCGGAAGGCAAAAAUUGAUUUCAUCGCUGAAAAGAAGAAAUUAAAACAAAAUGAAAAAGGUGUUAAAAAUCUUCAGCUUCCUACUCUUGCAUCGUCUGCAACGACAGAUUCUGAAAAAAAGAGUGAAUUGAUUGUACGACGUCAUCUUGACUUUCUAAGAACACCAGAAGCAGAACAGCCACCUUCAUUCCCUCAUAUAAAUUCAUUCAAUGUUCAGCCUAAUACACUUACAGUCAAAUCGCCAAAUAUAAGACCAGUAGAUAUGAAUUUCGCCAUAAAAUUGAAAGGGAAUCCUCCCGCCUUCACACAGUCAAGUUUUUCUACAUUUAUAACACCAGGAAACAGAAGUUUAUCCUCGGGAGGAAAUCAUUUAUCCAAUGGUAAAGCAGACAUAACUUCAAAUCAAAGUUACACUGGAAAUAACUUAAAAAAAUUUUUAGUUGCACCCACAAAUACAAUUCUGGUGAGUUCUAACAUAAGAAAUAUGGUUACUAAAUAUUAAGUAAAAGUUAACUGUAUCAACAGUCGAAGAUGUAUUAUUGAUUUCGAUUGUAUCACAUUUCGAUUUACUGAAAUCUUGUCACAAUGCCAGUUAUAAAUGAAGUCAUGCAUCAACUGUAUUUCAUGCUGUGGUUUAAAUAUAAAAAUGGGCUUGCGUAUUAAUGUUAUUAUCAGGGAUGCAUGUAAUAACUAAAGAUGAUGCAAGUACGCGAAGUCUAGGAGGCAUUUCACCUAAACAACACAAACAAGGCUUGUGUUAUUUUUCCUUUAAAUUGUUCCACUAUCUUCAUACUACUUAUUUGUGUCAGUAGCUGGUAACUGUUUUACGAUUUUUCAGUAGCGCAG